UGUAGGUACUAUAUAAAAGGAAGGAAAUUUCAGUCGGUCUUUACUUCAACUCUUUUACUCACGACUAAUUAGCCUACUUUUGACUGAUUCACCCAGAGUGAAAAAGACUGAAACUACAGAGAAGAAAAAUUUAUUACUAUAAAAUGUUUCAAACACCGAUAUUAUUGUUUUUGAUUCAAUUUACCAUAAACAUCGUUGCCGUUUCAUCACGUCAAAUCAGCGUGGUCGCUCACAUGGUAAACUCUCCGGAAGCUAUUCGCUGGGCAUUGGACCAAGGCGCCAAUGGUAUCGAAAUUGAUUUGCAAUUUUCAGGUGAAACUCCAAGUCACUUCCAUCAUGGAACUCCUUGCGAUUGCACUUGUUUAUUUGGAGCGGCGACUUCAACCAGCAUUUGCAAAAGAGACAACGUAUGCAAAGUCUCGACUAGCGCUACAGUGAUGACAACCUUCUUAGGUAGUAGUUCUGAAAAUUUCUCAUCUCGUUUGGCACUGAUUUAUGUCGACAGCAAAAUUGAGAAAAUGUCAUCGGGAAAUUACAUCGCAGCUGGGGCCAAUGUAGUGCGCCUAUUUAAUCAAAAUGUCAUGGAAAAAGGUUUCAAAGGACAAAUACUUAUCGGAUGUCCAGAAAUUAAACAUUCUAAUUACCUGCGUGGUGCACUGCAAGAAGCCAUAAAAUCCAAGUAUGCUGACAGGUACUUCUAUACCAUCGACGGAGAAGGAGGAAGUGCAAAAGAAGUCUGGGAUACGUUAUCAAAACUUGGCACCAGAAAUAUCGCAUAUUCAACAGGCAUUUCAAUUUGUUCACCCAGAACUUUCCAUUCGGCCACCGAAUUCAGCGCCGAUAAAAAAGCUUACGCCGGCGUCGGUAUUUGGACCAUCGAUUUGGAAUCAUCAAUGAAAGAUUACAUCAAGUUUGGUGUCGAUUUCAUUUUGACCAACAGACCUAAAAUUGCUGCUGGAGUGAUCGGCCUUAGCAACAUUCCUUCACCCGGCAAAGCAUUGUCGUUUUCUUUUUAUUGGAAAUGUGAUUGCAACUACCGCGGUAAAGGGAUUUUUGGUGGAGGGGGUUGUAAAAUUUCUAAGAUCGCUCCUCCCAAUUACGCUUGUCAAUGUUCCUAUAAAGGUUUCUGGACUUGUGGGGGGGUCACGGUUAAUUGUAGAGACAGCUCUUCUCAGCAUUGCAAGUUGCCAAAUGCUUCAAAGGGGGCCUGUCAAUUAGGUGGAGGUGAUUGCGAUGGAUACUAGUUUCAUUUAAAGUAUUUUUGUGCAAGUUCAAUUUGCAAUGUUAUACCCACCAAACAAUAAAAUAACAUUUAAAUUUUAAAUAAUGUUGUAGUAUUUCGCAAGAGCGAAUUUUUAAAAUAGAAAUUGGUGGUAGACUGAAAAGAAUACACAGAAAUGACUCAAAGGAAA